AUGGAGAUCAUGGAACAAGAGCUGUGCGUCGCCGAGGAAGCGCGGCGUCGAUCAAUGCUGCCGCAGAGGUCAACGGUGUCCAAGGGAAAGUACAGCCUUCAAGACUUCCAGAUCAUGCGCACGCUUGGCACAGGGUCCUUUGGGCGUGUGCACUUGGUGCGGUCGAUUCACAAUGGACGAUACUAUGCUAUCAAAGUGCUGAAGAAGCAGCAGGUGAUUCGGAUGAAACAGAUCGAGCAUACCAACGACGAGCGACGGAUGCUAAAGGUUGUGGAGCAUCCGUUCCUGAUCCGCAUGUGGGGCACGUUUCAAGACGCGCGCAACCUGUUCAUCGUCAUGGACUAUAUUGAGGGCGGCGAGCUCUUCUCGUUGCUACGCAAAUCACAGCGCUUCCCCAACCCCGUGGCGAAGUUCUACGCAGCGGAAGUAACGCUUGCGCUGGAGUACCUGCACGCACACAACAUCAUAUACCGUGACCUGAAGCCGGAAAACAUCUUGCUCGACAGAAACGGCCACAUCAAGAUUACAGACUUUGGCUUCGCGAAGGAGGUCGACACAGUAACAUGGACACUAUGCGGGACGCCGGACUACAUUGCGCCCGAGGUGAUCACGACAAAACCUUACAACAAGUCCAUCGACUGGUGGUCCCUCGGCAUCCUCAUAUUCGAAAUGCUCGCCGGCUACACGCCGUUCUACGACGUGACGCCCAUCAAGACCUACGAGAAAAUCCUCGCUGGCAAAGUCGUGUUCCCGCCGUUCUUCCACCCCGACGCCAUCGACCUCCUCGGCAAACUGAUCACAGACGACCUCACCCGCCGGCUCGGCAACCUGCAGAGCGGCUCGCAGGACAUCAAGUCCCACCCCUGGUUCUCGGAGGUCAUAUGGGAGAAGCUGCUCGCCAAGGACAUCGAGACGCCCUACGAGCCCCCCAUCACCGCCGGCGUCGGCGACUCCUCGCUCUUUGACCAAUACCCCGAGGAGCAUCUCGACUACGGCGUCCAAGGCGACGACCCGUACGCCAGCUACUUCGUCGACUUCUAG